AUGUUUGGCGCUCUCGCUGCCCUCGUUCUCUCUCUCGCUGCCUCUGCCUCUGCCCUUGCGCCCCACCAUAGCGCGCAGCUGCGUCGUCACAAUGCCCGUGGUACGAACGUGACCUUUGCUCCGCGGAGCACUUCCUACAAGCUUGUGGACGAAUUCUCUGGCCAGAACUUCUUCGACGGCUGGGACUUCUUCACCGACGCCGACCCGACCCACGGCCUCGUUAACUUCGUCGACGGCGACGCCGCCAAGAAGCUCGCAUACGUCCAGUCCGACAACACCAUCGUCCUCGCCGUCGACGACUCGGACGGUGUCCCCGUCGGCGGCAAGCGCAACUCGAUCCGCAUCAGCUCCAAGAAGUCGUGGACGCGCGGCCUCUUCGUCGCCGACAUCUUCGCCAUGCCCCACGGGUGCGGCGUCUGGCCCGCGUACUGGUCCCUCGGCAACGGCGCGGACUGGCCGAACGCUGGCGAGAUCGACAUCAUCGAGGGCGUGAACACCAACACCAAGAACCAGGUCACGCUGCACUCGGGGCCGGGCUGCACCCUCGACAAGGCCGCGCACGCGCUCGCGGACGUCCUCGGCACGAGCUGCGCGUCCUCGAACGGCGACAACGCCGGGUGCGCGUACCAGCAGACGCAGAACACGUCCUUCGGGCACGGCUUCAACAUGCAGGCCGGCGGCGUCUUCGCGCACACGCUCGAGGCGGACGGCAUCUCCGUCUGGUUCUUCGACCGCGACGCGAUCCCGGCCGACGUCGCGAGCAAGCAGCCAGACCCCGCGAGCUGGGGCACGCCCACCGCGUACUUCCCGAACACGCAGUGCGACAUCAUGAGCCACUUCUUGGCGCAGAACUUGAUCUUCGACAUCACCGUGUGCGGCGACUGGGCGGGCUCGGCGUACUCCCAGUCUGGGUGCCCGGCCACUUGCAACGACGCUGUUGCGAACUCGAGCAACUUCAAUCUCGCUCAGUGGAAGAUCAGCUCUGUCCGUGUCUACCAGUAG